UACAUAUUUGAUGGCAUUCUUCUGAUGCAGGAUAUACAUGAACACAGGAAAGAGUCUAGAGAAAGAGCCCAUUUAAGGAAAAAGAGUCGAGAAUAUAAAGGCACUACUGACCAGUCAGCUAGUCGUUCUCCCAAUCAAUUUUCGAGCUACAGACAUCAAGAUGAUCUUCACAGUGACAGUUAUCAUGACCCCAAUCGCGAUGAGGGUUAUGUAGAUUUCCGUGGAUCUGAAAGGCCUUCCUCUUCUAGUCGUCAUACCAAUAGAGAUAUCGAGAACGAAUACGUGAAUGAAAGAGCGGAACGCCGAAGGUCUAAAAGGAGAAAUCCAAGACAUGAAAAUGCUCCAAAUAUUAGCAGUACUGGGCAUAAGCACAUAGUGGAUCAGUUUCAAGAUAGUGAUCAUAGUUAUGUCAAUGACAGUGGUAAUCACUACGGAAAUCGCUCUACCUCCCGGGUUUCUCAUAAUCGAGACUUAUACCGUCAAGAUAACGAAAGUGAUUUAUCCGAUUCUAUUCAGUAUGCUGGUUCAGUGCCUGCUUCUCCUCUGCCAAGCACCAUUCCAACCUCAAAUGGUCGACAUUCUCAGGAACCUCCAGAAUCUUUUAUAGGUUCAAACUCUAAUCUGCACUCUGAGUCCUACUCGGGUUAUGAACAAGAUGUAUCAGGAGGUCGACACUCAAAUGCGUUUGUUGGAAGUGGGCAGGGUUACUGGAAUCCCGAGUUCGGACAGAGUCAACCUCAGAACAUUCCCCAACAAGACUUUUCGGAGGUCACACCUGCUAAAAAAGUAUUGGCCAAGUUUUUCGCUUCCUUCAGGCGACGUAAGCCUAAAUCCCUGGGUGGAUCACAAAUAAUUAAGCCUUCUGAUAAUACUGUAUCAGCUCGAGUUAUUAUGCUUGAUGGAGAGGAGCUCGUUUUUCAAUUGAAUCGAGAUGACGUCGGUCAAGUUCUUUUUGAUCAUGUUUGUCAAAGUUUGGAUCUUUAUGAAACUGAUUAUUUUGGACUAACUUUUGUCAGCAAUAAAAUACGUACAUGGUUUUGGUUAGAUCUACAGACAAAGAUUGGAAAACAAUUGCGUGACAAUGAACAAUGGUUCUUUUAUUUUCAAGUGAAAUUCUAUCCACCUGAACCGUCUAUGCUACAAGAGGAUUUAACACGUUAUCAACUAACUUUACAAAUUCGACAAGAUAUUUAUACAGGAAAGCUUCCUUGUUCAUGGGUAACACAAGCCUUAUUAGGCUCGUUUAUGGUACAAGCUGAAUUGGGUGAUUAUGAUGCAGAAAAGCAUGUUGGACUAGAUUACUUAAAUGAAUUUGAAUUUGUUCCGUCACCUACACCUCAAUUGUUGAAAAAGAUUGCAGAAUUGCAUAAAACGCAUAAUGGCAUGAAACCGAAUCAAGCAGAUAUUAAAUACUUAGAAACUGCUAAACGCUUAGAGUUAUAUGGUGUUGAUUUACAUCCCGCUAGAGAUACAGAAAAUGUUGAAAUCUACAUUGGUGUUGGUUUUCAUGGUGUAGUCAUCUAUCGGGAUCGACUACGUAUUGGUCGAUUUGCAUGGCCAAAAGUACUACGCAUAUCGUAUAAGAAGAAUAAUUUUUACUUGAAAAUCCGUCCGGAUUAUUCAGAACCUGUAGAAGCAAUAGUUGGUUUUCGUCUGUUAAAUCCACAUUUGGCUAAUCGUUUAUGGAAGGCUGCCGUAGAACAUCAUGCUUUCUUUCGAUUGAAAGAGACACCUGCACCGAAACGACCACUGCCUACACCUAGUCUGAGUAAAUCACAUUUUCGUUAUACCGGACGAACUUUCUUUCAAUAUCGUACAAUGAAUAUUGAUCGACCGCAUCCACGGUUCAAUCGUUCCAUGUUGAAACGACGCACAGCAAGUAUGCCGACUGGUUUGAAUGCAUCAUCUGUGAGCAUGCAUACACUGAAUAGGUCUCAUCCACGUGAUAUGACUAUAGGAAGAAGUCAAAACGAUGAUCAAUCUGGCGGGUUAAAACGUUUUGGUUCUGUUCAGAUGGGACAAACUCGUGGAAUGAAUGGAGAUGGAACACCGCAACUAUACAGCACUGUCCCCCGGAAUCACCCAUAUUCUGGAUCUAUAGUCUCUGAAGCACAAGAUGCAAAUUCUCAAAUGAGUAGACAAUACAGUGAAGGGAUUGCAAAUAGUCUUUCGUAUGGAUCCGUCUCCGGGAGCUAUAGAAGUGAUGUUCUUCCUGAUAAUGAAUAUGUGAAUUACAGACAGUCGAGACGAACAAAACCCAAUGAAGUAUUGUCUGUCACCAGUGGAUCUCAACAAAGUGAUUAUUCUACUCAACGUGAUCAGAAUGCUGAACGCCGAGGUAAACAUCCUUCUGAGAUUUCCAGUUCCACCACCAAUGGACAUCGAGCAAACUCUCCGAUUUAUGCAAACACUAAAGCACAUCAUCGAAAUAAUAAGAAACACCAUCAUCGCCAUCAUAAUGAUGAUGGUGGUGAUGAAGAUGAUGAAGCAGGUGCCUCAACUCCUACUAACACUAUGCAGUAUGGAAAUGCUCACUCUGCUGAUCACAAUACAAGAGCUAGUGUUCAGUCGUCUGGACGUAGGCCGCCUGUAGGCGGAGUGCCAGUAUUUGGAGGUGUAAUGGUUCCUAAUCAUCAUCAUCAGGAAAAAGCACGACCAUCUGAUCGAUUGCGAUCAUCGAGUAACUCGAAUCGUACAAAACAAAAAUAUCCUUCAGAGGAGAAAGAAGAAGAAGAGCAGACUGUGACACUAACUGAAGAUGAACCGAACGACUUGAAUCAGUACAGAUCCAGUUCUAAGCAUCGAAAACAGCUGGCAACGAACGAUUAUGAUGGUGCUGCAUCUAAUUAUAGUAAAGCAAAGCAUUCUGGACGAUCGCAUCGAAGACAAUCAGGCAAUGUGGAAGGGAUGCUAUGA